UGAUGUAAUUUCUCCAUUCCACCAAAAGUUCAAAUACCUGCUAGAGUUGGCAUCUCUACAUCGAUUACUCACGGAGAAUUUGCGAAACGGUCUCAAAAAGGAGUAAUCCAAUAUUUUCCAGCUGGCGCAAGGACCAAACCUGCAAGGAUAUACUUAUUUUCAGUGCAAUUGUUUACAUAAAAUAUUUAAAAAUACUCCACUCAUUAAUUAUAGAAGUGACGACACCAAAUCGCUCCGUGUGUGGGCAGUGGUGCAUCUAAAGUAGCGUUGGCAGGAGGAAACUGCAGCUGUCGAGUAAUAGAGGCGCAAUAAAACUCUUAAUAGCUAUUUAAACUUCACUCGCAUAUUUGUCCAAAAAGGCAGCGUGAAAAGGAGACUAGUGCUGUAGGAGGAGCGAACGUCUAGCAGCUUAAGAACAACUAGAAACAAUUGCAUUCCUGUUUUAGUUUUUCAUUUAGUAACAAUCAAGUAAAUCGAGUGUAGGAAACAUUGUUGCUAGGUUUCGACUCUACAUGCCCGGUUUUCACAUCAAUGAAAUGGGUGAAAUGGUGCUGGAUGCCAUCGAUGACAUCGCCGUUGUUGAUGUCUACGAUUUAGCAUCGGACAUUGGCAAGGAAUAUGAACGAAUUAUUGAUCGUUAUGGUACUGAUGCAGUUACGGGACUAAUGCCAAAGAUUAUAAAUACACUGGAGCUGCUUGAGGCAUUGGCAACGAAGAAUGAGCGGGAAAAUGCGACUAUACAGGAAUUGCGCGAUAAGAUUGCACAACUGGAGAGUGAAAAAUCCGAGAGAGCUGAGUACCGCAGGCGAUUCGAGACAGAAAUGGAAGUGCUGGAGGAGCAAUGGCGUACCGAAACCAAUGAACUGGUAGAAAUGGUGCAGUCCUUGCAGGAUGAGAAUAAGCGACUUGUUAAGCAGACCCAAGAUCUGCAGUCCUCUUCAGCACAAUCUUCCGGCUUGGGUGCUAGUUUGACCGAAAGUAUUAUUAGUAUUACGAAUAAUGAGCUGAAUAGUGCGCUUACGGAUACGCAAGUGCUGCAGCGUUUAAAAGAUCAAAUCUAUAAACAGCGUGACGAAUUGAAAUUGAAGGAGCAUGAGUUGCAGGAAAAAUACGGAGAAAUAGAAAAUCUGCAUAUACAAGUGGACCGGUUGAAGUCGUCCGCCCGCGAUGCUCAUCGCCGGCGCAAAAUGCUACAAGCCCAAGUGAAGACGCUGUGCGAAGAGCGCGCUGAUUUCCUUGCUCAACUACAAGACCAAUACCGUGACAUUAAUCAAUUACGCAAGCAACUUGGGUUGGCAGAGAAAGAGAAUGAGGAUUUGGUGAAGUCGUGCAGCGACGACCCGAAUGAUCCGAAUCGUCCGCGCUACACCACGUUACAGUUGAAGGAGUUAAUUUGCGAACGUGACGAAUUAAUCACUACUGUUGACAAUUUGACCGAAGAAUUGAAGGCACUCAAGCCUAGUAAUGCGAAACUGGCAGCAGCGGGUGGCGCUGGUGGUGGAGGUGAUUCUAGUUCGUAUGAUUAUGAUGACGAAGAUGAUGAGGUGGAUGAGGAAUCACAAGAAGCGCAUGAAGCGGUGUGCGGCACGCCACCUGACCAUGAUGCACCCGUACAAGGACCUUUACCCUACGAGCCAGACGAUGCUCCUUGGAAGAAGAGCAGUGAAUCGGGUAUACGCAAAUUCUUCCGCCGCCUGUUUUCCGACACUUCGGAUACUUCUAAACGUUCCUUGGCCACACUGUCUAAAAUGGCGCUCUCUGCUACACCUGGCAAUGCGGAUGUUAAGUAAAUUGCUGUGCCAUUGUAUUGUCGUCUUUUUUGGGUGGUGUAAUUAAAGUAUAAAGAGGUCUGGGUACACAAUUACAUAGGCGUGGCGCAAUUUGUUGGAAAUAAAUUUUGGAAAUUGCAAAACGUUCCUUUGCAGUAUAAAACUCUGUAUUGCAUAACAAUUUAUAAACAUUAUGUGAACGCAUAGAUAUUAACACAAAAAGAGGACGAUAAUUGAACAAAAUUGAUAUGAGGUUAACUUUAUAUUAAGGAAAUGUGUGAUGUUUUUAGAAAUUUGUUGGCUGUUACAGCUUCUCAAAUAAGUGAUAAAUAGGUUUUUAUGUCGUUAUAGUGCGGUCAUUAUUGCCAAUUUGUGUAAAAUUUGUGAUUUUUGAGACGUUCAGCGAAAGUAUGAAGCGAGUAGCUUAUAAUUUAUUAAAUUUCGGUUGCAAAAAAUUAAGUGUGAUUAAGGAUUUUAAGAAAACACAAAAUAGCAAUAGCGAAAUAGUUUAAGUAAAGUUUAUGCCUUUGUGUAACACAAAAUUAUGUUACAAAUUUUUUCAGGAACUUUUA